AUAACAGUUUAACCAAGCAAUGGAUUGAUCCGGAUCCCCGUAUUAUGCUAACUAGAGAACCCGGGAAGUGAAGCUGGCCUUGCUCGAUCCGUGGCUCCGUGAGUGCUUUCAGUUCUUUCUCUGCGAAGUCUUUGGGCGAGCGUCGGGUGAGAUUGGUCGGUCUCUUCGCUGUGAAAAUGGAAGAAUACCCUGAAGAGUUACGCACGCCGCCAGUGACAUUGAUAUCCAUGGUCGGCUGCCCGGAGGUUCACGCCUUAAUUUCAACCCAUCUCCUCUCUGCCAAUCCACCCAUCAACACCCUCGCCUUGCCUGAUUUAUCUAAAAUCUCUCUCUUCUCUAAGAAGCAUGACUCCGACUCCAACACCACCGCCUCUCCUCCAUCCUCCGUACCUGGCAUUGUCAAGCGACAUUGGUUGCUCAAGCACCGCACCAAGGUUCCUUCCCUUCUUGCUGCUCUAUUCCCUGCUCAACACGUCUUUGGUGACCCUGCUCAGUGGCUUCGUGUCUGCUCCGAUCUCGAUUCCAUCAAAGCCGUCAUUCGUGCCAGAAACAUCAAAUUAGCUAUUGUAGUUCUUCGCUCGGAUGCCCGGGAAGAGAUCAGUGAAGAUAGAAUGAUUGCCCUACGAAAGCGUGCUGAAGUUGAUUCCAAAUAUGUUCUUAUGUUUAACCCAAACGACUCUUCCGAGCUCAAAAAUUCUAUCGGCAGGCUGGCAAACACAUUUGCUGAAUUAGCGAGUACAUAUUACAGUGACGAAGGGAAAAGAAUUAGGCUGCGAAUAGAAAGGAAGAGUGUUAGCCCUGUUGAGUUAAUCAUCCGUUACUGCUUCAAAGUUGCUGUAUAUGCAGAGUUCCGAAAUGAUUGGGUUGAGGCAUUAAAAUACUAUGAGGAGGCUUAUCAUACGCUGCGGGAGAUUGUUGGGGUAUCAACUAGAUUGCUAGCAGUGCAACGCUUAAUUGAGAUAAAAAUUAUUGCUGAACAAUUGCAUUUCAAGAUAUCAACCUUGUUACUGCAUAGUGGUAAAGUCACAGAAGCAGUUACAUGGUUUCGUCAGCACAAGAAUGCAUACAGAAAGCUAAUUGGGGUUCCCGAAGUAAUAUUUCUUCACUGGGAAUGGAUGAGUAGGCAGUAUUUGGUAUUUGGAGAGCUGUUAGAGACAAGUUCAAAAAAUUUCCAAAGCUUUUCACCUGUUCUCCUAGGCUCUUCAGCCAAACUUUUGUCUGAGUGGGAGUGUUAUCCAGCAUAUUACUACCAGUUAGCAGCCCAAUACUUAAGCGAGAAGAGGUCAGCUUUGGAACUUGCAGUUUCAAUGUCGGAAGCUUCUAGUGAGAUUGAUAGUACUUCUGAAUCAGUGGUCCCUUCAGUUUAUGUGGGUCAGUUUGCUAGGUUACUUGAGCAUGGGGAUAAUGUUGAUAUGCUACCUCUUUCUGAUGAAGAAUACAUGCGCUAUGCUGUUUCUGAAGGAAAAAGGUUUCAAGAUUCAUUUGAGAUUAUUGCUCUUCUUAAAAAAGCUUAUGAAUCUUACAAUAGUCUUAAAGUUCAGAGGAUGGGUUCCUAUUGUGGGUUCCUUAUGGCCAAAGAAUAUUUUGCUGAAGGUGAUAUUAGUAAUGCAAUGCAGAUUUUUAAUAGUAUUGCAACCCUGUACAGAAAAGAAGGGUGGGUAACUUUAUUAUGGAUUGUCUUGGGUUACUUACGAGAGUGCUCGAUAAAAAAUGGCAAUGUUAAAGAAUUUGUGGAGUAUUCCCUUGAACUGGCUGCACUGCCAUUGUCAUUUGAUACAGGUGUCCAGAGGGACACUGGUCCAGCUGGUCCUGCAAAUCUCCUGCAAAGAGAAAUUAUACAGAAGGAGGUGUUUGAGUUUGUAAAUGAAGGAUCGGGAUUGCCAUCAAAUGAACGCUUCAGUAGUCUCAAAAUAACUGGAGAUAAAGCACUUCAUCUUGAUGUUGAUCUCGUCAGCCCCCUUAGGUUGGUGCUGCUUGCUUCCAUUGCUUUCCAUGAGCAGACAAUCAAGCCUGGGUCAUCAACCUUGAUCACAAUAUCACUUCUUUCCAAGUUACCCCUUCCUGUUGACAUAGAUCAAUUGGAUAUCCAGUUCAAUCAAUCUGAGUGCAACUUUACCAUAGCAAAUGCCCAAAAACCUCACUCAAUCAAAAUUAGUGGUGUUCAGCAGAGAAGAAUGGAAAUUUCACCUUCUUUGUCAUUAGCUUCGAACAAAUGGCUAAGGUUGACAUAUGACAUCAAAUCUGAUCAAAGUGGAAAACUUGAAUGCUUAUCUGUCAUUGCAAAAAUUGGGUCGCACUUCACAAUUUGCUGUAUGGCUGAAAGCCCUGCUUCUCUGGAUAGGUUGGCUCUCUGCACAACAGAAGAGAGUAUAGAAACCCUUCCAAUAAAAGAUCCUAUCCUUGCAUUCUCUGGUCUAAAAUCAUCUCAAGUUGAAGAACCAGACCCACAUGUAGAUCUAUAUCUUGGUGCUUCUGGUCCCGCAUUAGUGGGAGAGAUUUUCAUAGUACCUGUAACCGUGAACUCCUUGGGACAUGAUGUCUACUCCGGUGAGUUGAAGAUCAAUCUUGUGGAUGUGAGGGGAGGUGGCCUGUUUAGUCCAAGAGAAUCUGAACCAUAUUCUAUGGAGACUCAUCAUGUUGAGCUACUUGGCAUAACUGGACAAGAAGGGGAAAAUGAAUUUCAAUUGGGCUCUGACCAAAUAAAGAAAAUACAACAAUCAUUUGGAUUAAUUUCUGUUCCGUUCCUCAAAAGCGGAGAUUCCUGGAUUUGCAAAUUAGAAAUCAAGUGGCACAGGCCUAAACCUAUCAUGCUUUAUGCAUCUUUGAGCUAUACGCCAUAUAGUGAUGAAUUGAAUUCUCAAAAGGUUCAUGUCCACAAGAAUUUGCAAAUUGAAGGACACGCCGCGGUUGUUCUUAGCCAUCAUUAUUUGAUGCCUUUCAGAAGGGACCCCUUGUUACUCUCGAGGAAAAAAACAAGUUUAGAGUCUGAUCAAUCAGAAUCAGAAUCACUACCUCUGAAUGAGAAAACAGUGCUCAUUGUUAGUGCAAAGAAUUGUGUGGAGGUGCCAAUACAACUACAAUCCAUUACUAUAGAACCAGAAGAUGAUGAUGCUAUUGAAAGUAAAUUCUCUGUUCAAGAUGGAAAUUCGGAACAGCCAAACUCCUCUGUUCUUGUUCCUGGGGAAGAGUUCAAGAAGGUAUUCACAGUCACUCCCAACAUGAAUAUCUCAAAGAUCACACCAGGAAAUGUGUGUUUGAGAUGGAGGAGAGACUUGGGGCUAGAAGAGCAAUCUAGGUCUACACAGACACUACCCUGGGUAGUGACUAAGCAGAAGCUGCCAGAUAUAAUUGUGGAGUUACCGCCAUUGAUUGUGAGUUUGGAGUGCCCUCCUUAUGCCAUCCUGGGAGAUCCCUUCACGUACCGUGUUAAAAUAUUGAACCAGACACAGUUACUACAAGAAAUCAAAUACUCGCUGGGGGAUGCACAAAAUUUUGUGUUAUCUGGGUCUCACAAUGACACUAUAUUUGUUGUUCCAAAAUCAGAGCACAUUCUCAGCUAUAAGCUGGUGCCACUUGCCUCUGGCAAUCUACAGCUACCUAAAAUCUCGAUGAGUUCGGUGAGAUAUUCAGGAGCAUUUCAGCCUGCAAAUUCAUCGAGUUCUGUUUUUGUAUUUCCCUCCAAGCCUCACUUCAGUAUUGGUGGUGCUAGAGGGUAGAACUAGAGUCAGUUAAAGACGGGUAAGUUCUUGUAGAUGUACGGAUUAUUUCUCUGCAGGGAAGUACCCUUCGAUGAUUAUAGACUAGCACACUAUAAGCGAAAUUAUUCAGGGAAAAAACCGUAUUAUAUUCUUGUAGUCUUAUAUUCUUGAACCAAUUCUAUCAAGUAAUUUUUUAGAGUAA